UAUAAUUUCUCCAGGUUCAGCUGUGCCGAAAAAUUAGGUUGGAAAGUCGCUUAUAUCUACCUCUCAUCAGGGGGAAAUAUUUUCAACGAGUAUGAAAAAAGAGUGACAGAAUGUCUGUUAAUGCAAUUGGUCACAUAUUACGACGUCUAAAAAUUUCUCGUGGAGGAAUUACUGCGUUGAACUACACGACAUCAUGUGCCGCUCAAAACCCCCCUGGGGAGACGAUUCCCCCCCUCGACAUGAAGUAUUUCUCAUUCACUCCAAAUCUCCGAUCCCCCCUGAGUCCCCACCUUAAGACCUUAGAGUUUCCCCUCCAGGGGAGUUUCCCCUGGAAGAUAAUAGAAACCCCUCCAAGACCCACGUACACCAUAACGGACCUGCCGAAGACCCGAAUCAUCCCAUUAACAGACAAAAUUCCCGACAAUUCCCUGGAGAUGCCCUCGGAACACAUAAUCGAGAAGCAAGCAGCUCGACUGAUCGUCAUCAGACGCCGCAAGAUGCGUCGUCAUAAGCUCAGAAAGCUCCGCAAGAGGAUGAAGUUCAUCCGGAGGAAGUGGAGGCAGAGGAGAGAGCUGAAGAAGGAAAAGGCAUUUCAGGCUGAACUGAUAGCCCAGAUAAAGGAGGCUGAGUCGUUCGACGCCAGGGGCUACGUUGAUUCGAGAUUGCAAAUCCUCGAUAACGUGAGAAUACCGAGCAAAUGGCGAGGGGAAGUCCUUCCCGAGAAUAUGAUUAGACAAUUUUUGAAGGAAAAAGAGGAGAGGAGAUGGAAAAAACUGAAUCGUCCAAAAAUUACUCUCGAUUGAAUUCUGGCGAUUAUGUAUGAAAGAUUAUGUUAGAGAAACGAAUGAAUAAAAAAAAUGGUAAAAAGGUAAAUGUA